CAUUUCUUUUUCCUGUAUCGUGUACUUCCUUAAGAGAGAGUAAUAAACUGCAUAACACACUUAAACAGAGAAGGAGUGUUUUUCCUACGUGAAGAUGAUCCGGUAAUACUAAAUUCGAGGGAAAGUUUUUUUCCCUUUUUAUCGUGUUGCAUGUUGUAUGUCACUUCCCAGCUAAUCACAGCUAGCUAGCUAAGAGAGUGAUACACACCUGCAGACUCAGAGUCUGUUUACUCAUAGACCUGACAGCUAAACCGAGGGGACUUAUAAAACAGUUCCAGCAUAAUCCAGCAACAUGCACAGAAGAGGAGUUGGAGCAGGAGCUAUAGCCAAAAAGAAACUUGCGGAGGCCAAGUAUAAAGAGAGAGGUACAGUCUUGGCUGAAGAUCAGAUUGUACAGAUGUCUAAGCAGUUAGAAACAUUUAAAACACAUCUGGAAGAGUUUGCCAGCAAACACAAGCAAGAUAUACGAAAGAGUUCACAGUUUAGGGUGCAGUUUCAAGAAAUGUGUGCCACAAUAGGAGUGGAUCCUCUGGCAUCUGGUAAAGGAUUUUGGUCUGAGAUGCUCGGAGUUGGAGACUUCUAUUAUGAACUUGGUGUGCAGAUAAUUGAAGUCUGUCUGGCUCUAAAGCACAGAAAUGGUGGACUUAUUACACUGGAUGAACUUCAUCAGCGAGUAUUGAAGGGAAGAGGGAAGUUUGCUCAGGAUGUGAGCCAAGAUGAUUUGGUACGUGCUAUCAAAAAGCUUAAAGCAAUGGGUAAUGGCUUUGGGAUGAUUCCUGUUGGAGGCUCUUAUUUAGUACAGUCAGUUCCAGCUGAGCUCAAUAUGGAUCACACUGUUGUUCUUCAGCUGGCUGAGAAAAAGGGAUAUGUAACAGUAAGUGAGAUCAGAGACAGCCUUAAGUGGGAGAAAGAACGGGCUUGCCAUGUGCUUGAGCACCUAUUGAAAGAAGGGCUGGCAUGGUUGGAUACCCAGGCUGCGGGAGAGCCACAAUACUGGCUGCCUGCCCUCUUCUCUGAACUUUCUUCUCGUGAUGUCACGCCUGAGGAAGCGAAUCAGAUGACACCAUGAUUAGAAAUGUAUAGGAAUAUGAAUUUGGUGGAAGGAAAUCCUAAGUUACAUAAUUUACAAUACUGUAAUUUAAAGAAUCGAAAUUAAGUUGGACAUUUCUUUCAUAAAUACAUGCCAAAUUCAAGUGAAAGAAUAGUAAUAAAAGCAUUUAUUUUCUUUAAC